AUAAUUUGCUUAAUCAUAUCUCUGAAUGAGCCCACUGAUUACCAUAUAAUAACGAAUGCCUUCGGGUGUUGUAUUUCCCCCUUCUUGCUCCGACGCUCAUGGAAUUAGCCACCGGUUCAGUCCGCUCUUCGCCACGCCGGCCACACUCUCCUGUUUCCAUGUUUGCUCUCGCUGACAAUGGUUUUCCAAAGCAACCUAAACCACUAGCCAGAAUUGAGAAGAAAGCCAAGUCCCCAUCGACGCCCUCUCGUAAUUCAGACGCGGCCUCGGUCCGAUCAGCAGCUCCAUCUCUCUCGACGACAGCGAGUCUUUCACCUCCCAAAUCCAUCUCCAAUCUCUGGCGCACUCUUCGAUGUAUCCGGCGGAAGAAAUCACCAUCACUCCCGCAGCCUCAGGAAGGUCCAGACGAUGUCUUCAUUAGAAGGCCAUAUACGUCCUACGUCGACAAGGCUACACAAACGCCGGUGGAUGGUGUACGGGCAGAACUUGAACUUCAAGUCUCCAUUGCUACACCUCCCCGGGGGAAAACCCCAGAACCGUGGUUAGCCCAUGCGGCACCGUCCAUGAACUCACGUCCUUCUGAACGGAGCCCGAGUAUGUCGUCGCUUGUGUCUCGAAAUACCCAAGACGACAUCCGUCGCUCUAUAUCAGAAGUCUCUCCUCGUCAUCUUCUACCACCCGAUGCCCCGUUUAACCAAUACUCUUCGCUCCAUCCCAUCCAUCCUACCAAUAUCGUUCGACCCUCAUCCCCAAAAGCAGUUGCUCCAUCACAAGCCACCAUUUCAUUCAGCCUACCCUCUACACCAUCUCGUAAGAGAGAGGUUGACAUCGAUGUCGCUAUACCCGAGACUACUUUCAGUGCGAAGCCUAGGCGGCCAGGAAAGAUUAAGAGGCCAAAGACGGCACCUCAUUCGCCGUUGAGCAUGCAGCGCUCUUCAGAGGACAGGCAUUUCUUCUUCUCUCAUCGUCCAGAUACUCCGUUUAUCAAGAGUACGGUCUACUUUGACGAAAUGGACUUGAAGACUAUAAAGGAGAGAAGAGAAGAUUGGAGUGGGGAGUGGAAUACACAUGACAUGCAGGAGGUGAUGAGGAGGUUGAGAGAUUUACGGUGAAUUGACGGUUGCAAUCGGUUUUAGCUUGGCCAGUUCCCUUGAAGAUAUUUACAUAUCGAAGACGCCGCUGGCGGUCUGACGCUUGAGCUUGAGUGGCUACCAGUUUUGGCAAAAUCCAGAACGAUAUUGCUAUUAUU